GUUGACCAUUAUUUUUCUUUGCUUUUUCUUAGGGUUUUGACCCACCACAUCAAAGUGACACAAGAACUAUUUAUAUAGCCAACAAGUUUCCUCUGAAUGGCCUUUACACACCUCAGAAAUUUAUAGAUAACCGGAUCAUUUCAUCUAAGUACACUGUGUGGAAUUUUGUUCCAAAGAAUUUAUUUGAACAAUUCAGAAGAGUGGCAAAUUUUUAUUUUCUUAUUAUAUUUUUGGUUCAGCUUAUGAUUGAUACACCUACCAGUCCAAUUACCAGUGGACUUCCAUUAUUCUUUGUGAUAACAGUAACUGCCAUAAAACAGGGGUAUGAAGAUUGGUUACGGCAUAACUCAGAUAAUGAAGUAAAUGGAGCUCCUGUUUAUGUUGUUCGAAGUGGUGGCCUUGUAAAAACGAGAUCAAAAAACAUCCGGGUGGGUGAUAUUGUUCGAAUAGCCAAAGAUGAAAUUUUCCCUGCAGAUUUGGUGCUUCUGUCCUCAGAUCGACCCGAUGGUUCUUGUCACAUUACAACUGCUAGUUUGGAUGGAGAAACUAACCUAAAGACUCAUGUGGCAGUUCCAGAAACAGCAAAAUUACAAACAGUUGCUAAUUUGGACACUCUUGUAGCUGUGAUAGAAUGUCAGCAACCAGAAGCAGACUUGUAUAGAUUCAUGGGACGAAUGAUAAUAACUCAACAAAUGGAAGAAAUUGUAAGACCUCUGGGGCCAGAGAGUCUCUUGCUUCGUGGAGCCAGAUUAAAAAACACAAAAGAAAUUUUUGGUGUUGCUGUAUAUACCGGAAUGGAAACAAAGAUGGCGUUAAAUUACAAGAGCAAGUCACAAAAGCGAUCCGCAGUAGAAAAGUCAAUGAAUACAUUUUUGAUAAUUUAUCUAAUAAUCCUUAUUUCUGAAGCCAUCAUCAGUACUAUCUUGAAAUACACAUGGCAAACUGAAGAAAAAUGGGAUGAACCUUGGUAUAACCAAAAAACAGAACAUCAGAGAAAUAGUAGUAAGAUUCUGAGAUUUAUUUCAGACUUCCUUGCUUUUUUGGUACUCUACAAUUUCAUCAUUCCAAUUUCAUUAUAUGUGACAGUCGAAAUGCAGAAAUUUCUUGGAUCAUUUUUUAUUGGUUGGGAUCUUGAUCUCUAUCAUGAAGAAUCAGGUCAGAAAGCUCAAGUCAAUACUUCUGAUCUGAAUGAAGAGCUUGGACAGGUGGAGUAUGUGUUUACAGAUAAAACUGGCACACUGACAGAAAACGAGAUGCAGUUUCGGGAAUGUUCAAUUAAUGGCAUAAAAUACCAAGAAAUCAAUGGUAGACUUGUAUCUGAAGGACCAACACCAGACUCUUCAGAUGGAAACUUAAGUUAUCUUAGUAGUUUUUCCCAUCUUAACAACUUACCCCAUCUUACAUCCAGUUCUUCUUUUGGAACCAGUCCUGAAAAUGAAACUGAACUAAUUAAAGAACACGAUCUCUUCUUUAAAGCAGUCAGUCUCUGUCACACUGUACAGAUUAGUAAUGUUCAGACUGAUGGCAUUGGGGAUGGUCCCUGGCAAGCCAGCCUUGCACCCUCCCAGUUGGAGUACUAUGCAUCUUCACCAGAUGAAAAGGCUUUAGUGGAAGCUGCUGCAAGGAUUGGCAUUGUAUUUAUUGGCAAUUCUGAAGAAACUAUGGAAGUUAAAAUACUUGGAAAACUGGAACAGUACAAACUGCUUCAUAUUCUGGAAUUUGAUUCAGAUCGUAGGAGAAUGAGUGUAAUUGUUCAGGCACCUUCAGGUGAGAAGUUUUUAUUUGCUAAAGGAGCUGAGUCAUCAAUUCUCCCUACAUGUAUAGGUGGAGAAAUAGAAAAAACAAGAAUUCAUGUAGAUGAAUUUGCUUUGAAAGGGCUAAGAACUCUGUGCAUGGCCUAUAGACAGUUGACAUCUAAAGAGUAUGAGGUAAUAGAUAGACGCCUAUUUGAAGCCAGGACUGCCUUGCAGCGACGGGAAGAGAAAUUGGCAAAUGCCUUCCAAUUCAUAGAGAAAGACCUGAUAUUACUUGGAGCUACAGCAGUAGAAGACAGACUGCAAGAUAAAGUUCGAGAAACUAUCGAAGCAUUGAGAAUGGCUGGUAUCAAAGUAUGGGUACUUACUGGAGAUAAACGUGAAACUGCUGUUAGUGUGAGUUUAUCAUGUGGACAUUUUCACAGAACCAUGAAUAUCCUUGAACUUAUAAACCAGAAAUCAGACAAUGAAUGUGCUGAACAAUUGAGGCAGCUUGCCAGAAGAAUUACAGAGGAUCAUGUGAUUCAGCAUGGGCUGGUGGUGGAUGGGACCAGUCUAUCUCUUGCACUCAGGGAGCAUGAAAAAUUAUUUAUGGAUGUUUGCAGAAAUUGCUCAGCUGUAUUAUGCUGUCGUAUGGCACCACUGCAGAAAGCUAAGGUAAUAAGACUGAUAAAAAUCUCACCUGAGAAACCUAUAACGUUGGCUGUUGGUGAUGGUGCUAAUGAUGUAAGCAUGAUACAAGAAGCACAUGUUGGCAUAGGAAUCAUGGGUAAAGAAGGAAGACAAGCUGCAAGAAACAGUGACUAUGCAAUAGCAAGAUUUAAAUUUCUCUCCAAGUUGCUCUUUGUUCACGGUCACUUUUAUUACAUUAGAAUAGCUACCCUUGUACAGUAUUUUUUUUAUAAGAAUGUGUGCUUUAUCACACCCCAAUUUUUAUAUCAGUUCUACUGUUUGUUUUCUCAACAAACAUUGUAUGACAGCGUGUACCUGACUUUAUACAAUAUUUGUUUUACUUCCCUACCUAUUCUGAUAUAUAGUCUACUGGAACAGCAUAUAAACCCUCAUGUAUUACAGAACAAGCCCACCCUCUAUCGAGACAUUAGUAAAAACCGUCAACUAAGCAUGACAAAUUUUCUUUACUGGACCAUCCUGGGUUUCAGUCAUGCCUUCAUUUUCUUUUUUGGAUCCUAUUUUCUAAUGGGGAAAGAUAUAUCUCUGCUUGGAAAUGGCCAGAUGUUUGGUAACUGGACAUUUGGCACCUUGGUCUUCACAGUAAUGCUUAUUACAGUCACAGUAAAGAUGGCUUUGGAAACUCAUUUUUGGACCUGGAUCAACCAUUUUGUUACUUGGGGAUCCAUUAUAUUCUAUUUUGUAUUUUCUUUGUUUUAUGGAGGGAUUCUCUGGCCAUUUUCAGACUCCCAGAAUAUGUACUUUGUAUUUUUUCAGCUCCUAUCAAGUGGUUCUGUUUGGUUUGCUAUAAUCCUCAUGGUGGUUAUAUGUCUGUUUCUUGAUAUUGUGAAGAAAGUAUUUGACAGACAUUUCCAUCCUACAAAUACUGAAAAGGCACAGCUUACUGAAACAAAUUCAAGUAUCAAGUGCUUGGACUCCAUGUGCUGUUUCUCAGAAGGAGAAACAGCGUGCGCAUCUGUUGGAAGAAUGCUGGAACGAGUGAUAGGAAGAUGUAGCCCGACCCAUGUCAGCAGAUUAUGGAGUGCAUCGGAUCCUUUCUAUACCAACGACAGGAGCAUCUUGACUCUCUCCACAAUGGACUCAUCUACUUGUUAAAAGAGCAGUAGUACUUUGUGGGAGCCAUUCAACUCCUUUCCUAAAAUUCAGUGUGAUCAUCCUGGUAAUGGCCACACUAGUUCUGCAGAAUUACUUUCUGAAAUCUCUGUAGUUCAUACCCACUCAGAGUUAUAAUGGCAAACAAAAAAGGAUUUACAUGAACCACUCUCAACUCCUUUAAUUUAAAUCUGAACGUGUUAAAAUUUGUGAAUAGAUAUUUUCCAUCUCUUUGUCUGGGUUGUCCCUUGUGUUUGUGGGACUCCUAAUGGCAUUUCAGCCUCUUGCUGAGGCCACCAUAUUUUAAUAUCAAGGUUAAAAAGAUAAUUCCUAGUUAAUUGUAUUUUUGAGUAUUAGCAUACUUGUUGAGUCUUCUAUUUAAAUCUGCUUUUGCAAAUUAUGCUGAAAAGUUUGCCUUGAAAACUCUAUUUUUUUAUUAGAGUUAUAUUUGAAGCUUUUCAUGGGAAAAGUAAAUGUGAAUAGUAAGAAAUUUUGGUCCCUUAGUGACCCAUGUUGUGAAUUCAUUACUGCUUUCUAAGUUCAUAGAGAAAAUUAGGAGAAUGCAUUUCUAACCAUUAUUUACUGCACUAUGGGUAGUAAAUAUAUACCAAUACCAAACUUCUCUUAAUGUACUGUAACACACCAGUAAAGUUAACCAUACACAUGCAAAGUGUGUAUCAUAUCUUAUACAUAAAUCAGGAAUCAAGUCCAUUCACCAAAUUUCAAAUUGAUGUUUAAUGAUAUUUUUAUGACAAUAUAAAGUGGGUAAAUUAGCUAUCAUUAGCAUAUUAUUAUUUGAUGUGUUUUUCAUUUAAUCUUUUACAUGCUUUAAUCUAGUUAAUAUAUUUAAAUUUGUGUUUUUUUCUCUAUCUGAAAAUUGUUUAUAAUAUUUCAUGUCACUGUUGUAAAGUUCAACUAUAUCAAUAAAAAACAAGUUUGGACAGUAUUUAAAUAUUGCAAACACGUUUAAUUGUGCAAAUCAAAAUGUUGGAGUAAUUAAAUAAAAAAUAAAGAGAAGAGCCUCUUUCUGUGGCUUAGAAUUACUCUUGCCUUUCAGUAAACUAGAUUAUGGUAUAAAGGAUCUCAGACAAGAAUCCUAUUAUUUUUAGGUUAGUAUGUGUUAUCUGAGUUGUGGCAGACUACUAUAGUAAAGGGAAAUCUACCCAGUGUUUCAUUAUAGGGUAUAUUUUCAGGUAUGGCUAUAGAAUGUAAGUGAAACAAAGUCUAAAAUGCUAAAUUUUAUGGGUUAAUGGCAGCAAGAAAUUAAAAUACUAAGAAAGAUUGAUUAGAUAUACAUUGGGUAUUAACUCACUGCACUUGAAUAUUUAAUUUCCAUCCAGAAUUUAUCAUGUAGAUCCAUUGUUUGUUACUUGUUUUGAUCUAAAGUAAUAUUGUUUUUAAAAACAUUUGGAAAUUAUUAUUGGUUUAAGAACUAUUACCCAGCCCUAAGCAUAUUUAAUGAUUGUUUACAUAUACAUUUUAAACUUUAUGGAAAUGGUUAAAUAAGGUUUUGCUAAAGUGUUCCAUACAGUUGACAAUAUAAUUCUCUUUUGUAGAUUUAUUUUGCAGCCUCCCACCCCUUUCCCAUUUCAUGAAUAUACGACUUCUUGAAUUGGGCUAAUAGGGACUAGUCAAGAAUUAAAACUUUACCUUUGUUCACUGGUAAACUAUUUUCUUGCUAAUAUAAUGUUUGUUUCAAUAAUGCAAGAAUAUUGUAUUAUGAAUUUCAGCUUAAAUAUUAAUUUUCAUAAAUAGUCCUUCUUUAACUUAGAUAUUCCAAAAUCGCUUUAGGAAGAUUUUGUUAUUCUGAAAAUAUGUUAAAGGGAUAAUAAAAUGUACAGUGGCUACACUUACCAAUUCACUUUCCAGAAUAGGAAAUAUUGCUAAAAAUAUUCAGUAGGGUAAUUUCAUGGAGCAUAUUAUGGAAUUUGCUUUUCUUAGAAUUUCUUAAAACAAAAUGACAUUCAGUGGGCCUGCAUUACAUCUACAUAGUUGUGUUUAUUUUCCAUCAACUAGACUGACUACUGACACUAGAGGACUAUGAAGCCAUCAAGCAGUCUCUAACCACUGCAGCAAGGCAAGUCAGCUAACCUGUAUGGUGCUUGGGUUAAGGCGUGGUCGAUGUAAUUUCCUGCAUUCCUAUUUGAAGUUAUUUAAGAACUUCAUAUUUUAAAAAAAGUAAAUGCAUCUACUGAUAAUGCUCAUCCUACUCAGUUGUUCAUAACCUACUCCACUUAAAGGAAGAUUAUCUUAUAAUUGUAAGAAAAAGUGUUUUCUUCUAUUUGUUUAAGAGAGUAUCAGUGUUGCCUGUAAGUUUCCAAUAGUUUUCUAUUGCUAAUACUCAAAUUGUAAAACUAUUAUUACAUAACCAGGAAUCUCAGAAAAUUUCCCCUUUGCAUAUUUAUUUAAAAUUCUUUGGAAAGUACGAUGUUAAUUAACUUACUCUUACCUGCCAAAACCAGAGUAAGACGCUACAUGUGUUAUUACUAGUUAAUUAUUGGUCUCAAAUCUGUUUUCCUCACUUGUUUGCCUGAAGGCUGUAUCACUGAAGAUAGUAGCAAGCACCCAGUCAGUUUCCAAAAUGGCCCGUCAGCUGUUUUAUGACUCAGCAAGCACCCUGCCGCAGCUUUAGCAACCAUUAGGUUCACCCUAUGGGUGUAGGGUGUGGGCUAGUAGAACUACAGGUUUGCUGCCAGGUUGAGAAUAAAGAAAGAGGAGAAUUUACAGUGUGAAUUCCUCUUAAAAACCAUCUGCCUUGGGUUUUAAUUUCCAUUAUAUCCGAAGGCAUCCUAGACCUAACCCACUGGCACUGUCCUGGUGAGAAGAUAAAAGAGUCACAUCACCCUGUUAAGAAAUACUUUUACUUACACCAGGGUAUUUUCUGCUGCAUAAGAUUGUGAAAUUGGGCUAUUGGUCUUGUGUGAUAAACUUGAGAGACUCUUAUCUGAUAGGCAGGAGUCAAGUGUAGUAAAAAAUUUAAAUUUUACAAAGUUUUUCAACUAUGCUAGCCUGAAAAGUUAUUGGGGUCUGAGGGAAAAGGGAAAAUACAAUCAAAUGUUUGUAUUUUUUAUGUAAAGAUCAAUUUGGUGUAGGUAUUGAUAAAAGUAACACCAAAGAGUUAUAUAAAACAUGUUUUAUUAAUUUUGGGUCCCCUUUUAGAGACACAUUUCUAUCCUGAAAUGAGUUCAUCUAUUUUCAUAAAAAUAGAACAUUAUUAAUGUGCUGUUUAUGUGAGAUAACUUGAAUGAUAUUCCUAUAAAAAUAGAGCAUAGUUAAUUAUAUGUUUGUAGUAAUGGUGACUGCUGGAUUUUUGUGAGGAAUUAGUAACGUAAAUACUGUAGCAACACUUAGGUUAAAAUUGUGAACCUCACACACUGGCUGUCUAAUAUAAGCCUAUAAAAAUUUUCUGCAUUUUUAGUAAAUGUAGUUACUAUUGUACAGAUCUCAGUAAUUUUUAAAGUUUAUGAAAUUAUAUUUAUCUAAUAAAAUUUUUCCUAUAUAA